AUGACUAGGAUUGACAUUGCCUAUGUAGUGCAAGUGCUAAGUCAAUUCAUGCAUAGUCCCAAACAAUCUCACAUGGAGGUUGCCUUAAGAGUAGUGAAAUAUAUAAAGAAUACACCAGGUCUUGGUCUACUAAUGCCUUCUAAUAGCUCAGGGAAACUUGAGGCAUACUGUGACUCUGGCUGGGGUGGUUGCUUACAGACUAGAAGGUCAGUCACAGGAUAUUUAGUGAAGUUUGGCAAUGCUGUGGUAUCAUGGAAAUCAAAGAAACAGGAGACAAUAGCCAGAAGUUCUGCUGAAGCAGAAUUUAGGAGUAUGGCUUCUGUGGUGGCUGAGGUAACCUGGCUAGUUGGCUUAUACAAAGAGUUAGGAAUUCAGGGUUGA